AUGCUGUUCUUUCGGCAAACAUGGACACUAUGCAUGAAGACACUUACGAUCGUCCUCGGAAGACACUUCCUAGGGGCGGUCGUACGUGCUUUGAUAGCACCGGUCAUCUUUAUGUUUAUCAUAUCAUACGCCAAAAACUUCUUCGUGCCACCUAGCGAUUUUGGCAUUGGAACGCCGUCAACGCUCCGAAGUUUGAGUGAUGCAGUAGCUGCAUCUGCUGGUGGACGCGAUACUGUAGCGUUUGUCAACAACGGCUUCACUGGCGGAGCGAUCGAGAGUGUCAUCAAUACCGUAUCACAGCCCAUCAGAGCGCAGGGCAAGACGGUGGAGGUCUACCCCAACAGCGACAGCUUACUCACGACGUGUAAGAGUUCGAUCCGUGGCGUAACGCCCUGUUUCGCAGCCGUCGAAUUUCAGUCGUCUCCUUCAGAAGGUUCUCUACCUGCUUGGAACUAUACUAUUCGAGCCGAUGGAUCAUUCGGUGGCAACAUAUAUGUCAAUACUCACAGCAAUGAUGCCGAGAUAUACGUUUUGCCACUACAGCAUGCGAUCGAUCGCGCAAUUGCAGAACUCAGUGGCACAACAUUGCAGGAUGAUGUGCAGGAAUAUGUCUACACCACGCAGACGAAUGAAGAACGCCAGCGCAACAUCAUCAAAUUAUACAUGGGCAGUCUGAUCAGCAUCCUGGCCGUCGCUUACUUCAUCGGCAUCGUCGGAAUAUGCUACCAGCUCACGGGAGAAAUGGCAAAGGAACGAGAACUCGGCAUGUCGCAACUCAUUGAGUCGAUGAUGCCGAACAGACAGCGGUGGGUGCCUCAAGCUGCGCGACUGGUCUCCAUCCAUCUGGCUUUCGACAUAUUGUACUUUCCAAGUUGGGUCAUCAUGGGCGCAAUCGUUUCUGGACUCAACUAUACACAAUCAAACGCCGGGAUCAUGGUCGGCUACUUCAUUCUUUCGGGUCUGGCACUUGCAAGUUGGUCCAUAGCAUUCGCUAGCCUGUUCAAGAAGGCGCAACUCUCUGGCAUCACUGUCACGAUAGUGUCGAUCAUCCUGGCAAUCAUCAUCCAGGUCAUCCCACCGGUAUCGACUGGCGCCGCAAUAGUGCUCAGCUUGCUAUUCCCGCCAAUAAACUAUACGCUCAUGAUUAUCUACAUGGCCUACUGGCAACAGCAGAAUCUGCCAGCACAAUUGAGCUUGGCAGCCCCGAAUGCGCCAUGGCGAGUGGCUGGCUGGGUAUUCUUCCUCUUCUGCUUGAUCCAGAUUGUGGUGUAUCCGAUUGUGGGAGCUCUGAUCGAGCGUGCGCUUUUUGGUACUGCGUCCAAAGCAAGGAAGCUGAGAUAUGAUGAUAAUCAGACGGAUGAGACUGUCAGAAUCAAUGGUCUAACCAAGCUAUAUCCUCCCAGCUGGUUCCACCGCCGUAUAGCACCAUUAUUCACCAAGACUCCGAGGCAGACGGUCAGAGCCGUUGAUGGAGUGGACCUUGUUGUGCGCCGGGGCCAAAUUACGGUGUUGCUUGGUGCCAACGGAAGUGGCAAGAGUACCUCUCUGGAUAUGCUGGCUGGCCUGCAAAAACCAACCAGCGGCACCAUUGAGCUCGACGGCUCCUCGAGCCUUGGAUUCAGCCCACAGAAGAACGUGCUGUGGGAUGAGCUAACAGUGUUAGAGCAUGUGCGAAUCUUCAACAAGCUGAAAGCGACUAAGGUCGACUCGAAAGCAGAGUGCCGCGAGCUCGUCGAGGCUUGUGACCUCACACAAAAGGUCAACGCACGCUCAGGAACACUGUCUGGAGGGCAGAAGCGUAAGUGUCAGCUCGCCAUGAUGUUAACUGGAGGAUCUACGCUUUGCUUGCUGGACGAGGUCAGCUCUGGAUUGGAUCCACUGUCGAGACGAAAGAUCUGGGACAUUCUACUCGCCCAGCGUGGCAAGCGAUCCAUGAUAUUGACCACGCAUUUCUUGGACGAAGCAGACCUUCUCUCAGACGACAUUGCUAUCUUGUCAAAGGGCAAGCGUGUGGCCAAUGGCUCCUCCGUAGCUCUCAAACAUGAGUUGGGCGGAGGUUACCGAGUCAGAGUCUAUACUGAGAACCAAAGAGCACUUCCAGCCCGGCUCGAUGCAGUAAGCAAAGAUGUGUUGCACGAUCAGACAGUGUACUCGCUGCCCGACUCUGCAGCCGCCGCCGCGUUUGUCGGCGAGCUGGAACGUGCCGGCGUCCGUGAUUACCAGGUUAAUGGACCGACCAUUGAAGAUGUGUUCCUACGUUUAGCAUCUGAGGUCAAGGAGGAGCUUGACAACGACAGAGCGCCCAGUCCAGUAGCAAGCGACUCAGCGCAACCUAGCGAGAAAGGCUUGCAGCUGUCUACUGGCAAAAGCUUAUCAUUUUUCGGUCAGACCUGGGUGCUCUUCCGUAAGCGCAUUAUUACCUCUCGAAGGAAUAUCUGGCCCUAUCUAGCAUCUCUACUCAUUCCGCUUGCUGCGGCUGGACUCGUCACCCUGUUCAUCAAGAACUUCGCGGCUCUCAGCUGUGAUCCUGGCUCUUCCGUUUCGGUGGAUGCAGCUGUUGGACUCGAGGGCUUUCUGGGCUUCCAAGCAGAUAUACCUCUUGGUCCAACAAAUCAGGUGCCUAUCGAUUUUCUGAACCAAGUAUUUCCGUUGCUGAAUCCGCCCCCAUUUCAUUUAGUCGACACUUUCGAUGCUUUCAACAAUUACAUCGCUGCGAAUUACAGCUCUGCUACCCCAGGAGGUUUCUUCGAAGGCACAGUACCGACCUUUGCAUGGCAAGGGAACUAUCAGCUGUACUACGCUAUCGCAUCUCAAAAUUUGCUUGAUGUCAGCUUGACCAGGCUGCCCAUCAUCACCAACUUCCAAGCUUUCGCCAUACCGUUCGCGCCAUCCGCAGGCAAGAGUCUCCAAUUCAUUCUAUACUUUGGUCUUGCUAUGAGCGUAUAUCCCGGCUUCUUCGCGCUUUACGUGAACAGAGAACGUCUCCACAAGGUUCGAGCGCUACACUACAGCAACGGCAUACGAGCACAAUCGGUCUGGGCUGCAUAUACGCUAUUCGAUUUCAUCAUCGUCUUGCUUGUCAGCACACUCGCCAUCAUCAUCUUCACCAGCGUCAACAACUUCUGGUUCGGUCCCGGCUAUCUUUGGUUGGUGUUCGUACUAUACGGUCUCACAGCGACACUAAUGUCCUACGUAAUCUCCAUGUUCACUACAAGUCAACUGGCCACAUUCGCAUUCGCGGCAGGUGGUCAGUGCUGUUUCUUCUUACUAUACUUCAUCGCUUUCAUGUGCAUCGUCACAUAUUCACCAGCAGCCGAUACCGAUCGCAACAUCAACAUCGCAACUUACACUAUCGGAGCAUUUUUUCCGGCAUCGAAUCUGCUACGAGUACUCCUGUUGACCUUCAACGAGUUCUCGAUCCUGUGUCGUGGCGGAGGCAUUGCUUCCAGCCCCGGAGAGUGGAGCGUCUACGGCUCAGCAAUCACAUAUCUUAUCCUGCAGUCUGUCAUUCUGAUGACCUUCCUCAUCGCAUACGACAGUGGCUGGAGGCCUGCAUUCUUGACGCGCAAAAAGCACAAGGCACAAGAUGUGGAAGAAGUCGAGGACGUCGAUCCGGAAGUCUAUGGCGAGACCGCUCGUGUUGAGCAAAGCCGAGAUGAGCUAAGGGUCCUUCACGCCACGAAGGCUUUUGCGUCGAAUAUUGCUGUCCAGGAUGUGAGUUUUGGUGUACCGAAGGGUGAAACGUUUGCUCUUCUUGGACCCAAUGGAGCAGGCAAAUCGACAACGAUCGGGCUUAUAAGAGGUGACACUCGACCGAGCGCUGGACAAAGCGACGUCUUGAUCGAGGAUGUGUCUAUCAUUUCGCAUCGUGCUGGUGCACGACAGCAUCUGGGCGUCUGCCCUCAAUUUGACGCCAUGGAUCAGAUGACUGCCAUCGAGCACUUACGCUUCUAUGCUCGUGCCCGCGGCGUGCCCAAUGUCGAGCACAAUGUUGAGCAAGUCCUGCACGCAGUCGGCCUCGCACCUUUCAAGACCAGAAUGGCCGGCAAGCUAUCCGGUGGCAACAAACGGAAGCUAUCACUUGGCAUAGCGCUUAUCGGCAACCCAUCGGUAGUACUACUCGACGAGCCAAGCAGUGGCAUGGAUGCCGCCUCAAAACGUGUGAUGUGGCGGACCUUGCGAUCUGUAGCACCAGGCCGAUCUCUCGUACUGACAACACAUUCCAUGGAGGAGGCCGAUGCCCUAGCUGAUCGUGCCGGCAUCAUGGCGAAAAGGAUGUUGGCGCUUGGCACGGCUGACGAGCUGCGCAAGAAGCACGGCGAUGCGUAUCACGUCCACCUGGUGCACAAAGAUGCUCCGCAUACCACUGUCGCCGAAAUGGAGGAGAUCAAGGCGUUCAUUCGACGAAGCUUCCCAGGCGCAACGACAGAAGAUCGCAUCUUCCAUGGCCAGCUACGGUUCUCCGUGCCGAAUGAUAGGACAGCAGUGGAUAUCGGCUCAAGCUCGUCUUCCGAAGCUAGCGACAGCAAGGGCGCCUUGACGUCAACGACACACUCAUACACCUCACCACGGAACGGUAUUAGUGCCUUAUUCGCCGAGCUAGAAGCCAACAAGGAGAAGUUAGGCUUCCAGUACUAUUCCGUUAGUCAGGCGACAUUAGACCAGGUGUUCUUGAGUAUUGUCAACAAGCACAAUGUUAUGGAAGAGAACUAUGCACGAGAGCACGGCAAGAAGCCGGAGAAGUUCUUGAGCAAGAUGGGCUCCAUGAUACGAGUGGGGUUGUGCAACUUUUGA